AUCAGCAUGUGUUCAUUCCUCUGCUGAAGAAUGAGAGCGUUUCUAAAGAACGGAAGUGAACCGACCAUUUUGAAACCACGCACCGCUUAGCACAAUGGAUAAGGGCCACACGGUUAAGCUCUUUGUUGGGAAUCUGGCCCUGGACACUACGCAAGAAGAACUGUCUGCCAUAUUUGAGUCAUACGGCCAGGUGGUUAGCUGCAGUGUUUUGAGGCAGUUUGCUUUCGUCCACCUGCAAGGAGAGGGCGCUGCCGAACGUGCCAUUCGAGAGCUCAAUGGUCGAGAGUUCAAAGGUCGGAAUCUUGUGGUUGAGGAAUCCCGGGGCCGCCCACUCCAUUCGACAAAGGUGUUUGUGGGUAAUCUGAGCAGUAUGUGCACCACAGAAGACCUCCAGGAGCUGUUUCAGACUUUUGGGAAAGUUUUGGAGUGUGACAAAGUGAAAGGUUAUGCCUUUGUACAUAUGGAGAACAAGGAAGAUGCCCUGCAGGCUAUCGAAGCUUUGCAUGGGACCUCCUUCAAAGGCCGACCACUAUCCGUGGAGCUCUCCAAAGUUCAGCCAAGUAAGCAGACCCCAACUGGAAAGAUCCCAUGUGUAAGCUGUGGCAAACAGGGUCACUACGCAGGUGAAUGCCCUGCUGGGAAGCCCACCCUGGAGCAAUAUCAGAGCCAAGCAGCAGUGCUAGCCGCUGCCGCUGCUGCUGCGGCUGGUCUGCCAUUGCAGGUUCAACAGAGUGUCCACAAUUCUGUGUACAACACCUCUACUUUUGACCCCACUUAUGCUGCUCUGAGUGGACUUACUGCUGGUGCAAGGGCAGAAGGAGGUACAGCGGUGGCUCCAGCAGUCUACGGCGCACUAGCUAGUCAAGUGUAUGGAACAGUUGCAAAUCAGCUCUACAGCGGGACAGUCGCAAAUCAGGCGCUCAGCAACAAUGCUGCUGCGGCAGCUGCUGCACAGAUGUAUGGCUCUGUUAACCCAGCUUUUUAUGGGCAGAUGGCUGCCGCAGCUGCUGCCGCUGCAUACGGUCCACAGGUUUAUGCGUCGGCGGUAGCUAAUCCAGUGUUCCUGGCGGCACACGGCAUGGAGGUACAGGCAGCUGCUGCUAUGAACCCAGCCUAUACAGUAGCACCAGCCCUCUACAGUGCUAGCCCAGCCUACGGGGCUCUGGGUUCAGCUGAUCCAGCAGCUAUCUUUGAGGCAGCCAGGGCACACUACUUUGCACAAGGACAGCAAGUUCUAGCUGAACAGCAACAUACUAGCUCCAAGUCAGGAGAAAGGGACCGGAGUCCACUAAGAAGAUCUGCCCCGUUGCUGCCAGACCCUGUCAUGAAGCCAUUUAUGUACCAGAGGGCCAAACGCAGAGCCUUGUUGCCUACACCUGCAGGUCGAGAGGAAGCUGCUGCACAGGAGGACGACACUAUAGCCAGAUAUUACGCGGAAUACUACCAACAGUACCAACAGUACCAGCAGUACCAGCAGCUGCAGCAGUACCCACAGUACCAGUAUGCCUACGCAUCUCCCAACCACCUUGCAGCGUUGUCCGGACUGUCCACCCUGUCUGGUAUGCCCACUCAGCAAGUAGCAGCCCUCGACAGCCUCAGGCCAGUGCUGCCCACCACCGCCGUGCCUGCCGCUGCCGCCAUCGCCAUGGCAACACCCCGCGUGUAUGAGCCUCCGCCGAUUCCGCCGUCGCACAAGGAGCCCCUCCUCCGCCGCCCCGAACUCGCCCUACACACCCCUGAAACACCCUUCCGAUAGUGUGCUCCAAGUCCUUUCUGCCUCUCCUUUCGUUGUGCAGCGUGUGUGUCAGUUAAACAAACACAGGUGUAUGCUUAUGACUUGUCCGUGUUUGGGUUUAAGAUAGUGGGCGUGUUGGUUUUACCUGUAGACUGGAAUCACUAACCUUGGUUCUGAUCACACACCCGGUGCAGUCAGGGCUGAAAAGGAAACUGCAUGCUCUCAUUCCUGCACACUUAACCAAUGAAACACAUCAGUGUUCUGUUUUAAUAAAUGUAUUUUGACCUUAAAUCUAUUGCCAGUUAGGAGUAGAUUAGGGGUUGGGGUAGGGAUAAAUUAGGCAAUAGCCAUGUUGCUUUUUAACUUUUAUAUUCAUAAGUGUUUGUAGUUUAUGAAUGAUACUGUAAUUGAUAUUUUUAAACAUUGCUUGAAAUAGUUAUACGAACGUAACCAGUUUACAUAUUCAGAUAGUUAUUGAGAAAUUAGAUUUCGAAACAUUUCAUUAAGUUUGAAUGUACGUUUACUCCAAAGGUGUGUGAAGUGUAGGACCAGGGUUGGAUAGUGUUUUACAUGUCUUUAUGUGUUUCUUGUUUUUCUCUGGGACUAUGGCAUAGCGUGUAUGCUUUCCAUUGGUUGCCACUACUGGACGUGUACAUGUGCAUAUGGAAGCAACCUCGAUCCACACGCACAUACAGUUGAAGUCAGAAGUCAUUAAACCUAAUUAUUUAACCACUCCACAGAUUUCAUAUUUGCAAACUAUAGUUUUGACAAGUCGUUUAGGACAUCUGCUUUGUGCAUGACACAAGUACGUUUUCCAACAAUUGUUUUACAGGCAGAUUGUUUCACUUUUAAUUGACUAUAUCACAAUUCCAGUGGGUCAGAAUUUUACAUACACUAUGUUAUCCGUGCCUUUAAGCAGCUUGAGAAAUUCCAGAAAAUGAUGUCAAGCCUUUAGACAUAUAGCCAAUUAGCUUCUGAUAGGAGGUGUACAGAAUUGGAGGUGUACCUGUGGAUUUAUUUUAAGGCCUACCUUCAAACUUAGUGCCUCUUUGCUUGACAUCAUGGGAAAAUUGAAAGAAAUCAGCCAAGACCUCAGAAAACAAUUGUUGACCUUCCACAAGUCUUGUUCAUCAUUGGGAGCAAUUUCCAAAUGCCUGAAUGUACCACGUUCAUCUGUACAAAGUAUGCAAGUAUAAAUGCCAUGGGACCACGCAGCCAUCAUACCGCUCAGGAAGGAGACACAUUCUGUCUCCUAGAGAUGAAUGUAGUUUGGUGCGAAAAGUGCAAAUCAAUCCUAGAACAACAGCAAAUGACCUUGCAAAAAUGCUGGAGAAACAGGUAGACGAGUAUCUAUAUCCACAGUGAAAUGAGUCCUAUAUCGACAUAACCUUAAAGGCUGCUCGGCAAGGAAGAAGCCACUGCUCCAAAACUGCCAUAAAAAAAGCCAGACUACAGUUUGCAAGUGCACAUGGGGACAAAGAACUUACUUUUCGGAGAAAUGUCCUCUGGUCUAAUUAUUAUUUUUUUUUUAACUGUUUGGCCAUAAUGACCAUUGUUAAAAAGGGUGAGGCUUGCAAGCCGAAAAACACCAUCCCAACCAUGAAGCAUAGGGGUGGCAGCAUCAUGUUGUGGUGGUGGUUUGCUGCAGGAGGGACUGGUGCACUUCACAAAAUAGACAGAAUCAUGAGGAAGGGAAAUUAUGUGGAUUAUAUUGAAGUCGGAUUAUCGCAAAGUCAAGGUAUUGGAGUUUCCUUCACAAAGCCCUGACUUCAAUCCGAUAGAAAAUUUGUGGGCAGAACUGAAAAAGCAUGUGUGAGCAAGGAGGCCUACAAACCUGACUCAGUUACACCAGUUCUGUCUGGUGGAAUGGGCCAAAAUUCUAGCAACUUAUUGUAAGAAGCUUGUGGAAGGCUACCCAAAACCCUUUGACCGAAGUUAAACAAUUAAAAGGCAAUGAUACCAAAUACUAACAAAGUAUAUGUAAACGUUUGACCCACUGGGAAAGUGAUGAAAGAAAUAAAAGCUGAAAUCAUUCUCUACUAUCAUUCUGACAUUUCACAUUCUUAAAAUAAAGUAGUGAUCCUAACUGACCUAAGACAGGGAAUGUUUUCUAUGAUUAAAUGCCAGGAAUUGUGAAAAACUGAGUUUAAAUGUAUUUUGUAUAUGUAAACUUCUGACUUCAACUGUACAUAUGCAUCCCUUACACCCCAGAUAGGUGAAACCUUAGUGAUGACUUUUAAUCCCACCCUUCCAUCCCUGUCCACCCAUCCUGAAAGCUGAAAGACACUGUGACUUCUCUCCCCUCCUACUUUAUGUAGCUACUUCCAUAGAUAUGGUGAUGUAUGGGAAACACCCAAUCAGAGGAAGGUGUAGCUAGUCAGAUUUGCUGGGAUGGGCCCUACGGCCUGUCUGUCUUAUGGGAGCGUCUUUAUGCUCACCAACUGCCACAAUGCAUUGUAGAAUCUGUUUUUGUAAAUGUCUUUUAUUAAUGCAAUCAUGUUAUAUAUAUAUAUAUAUACACACACACUACCGGUCAAAAGUUUAUGGUCACUUGUUCUUUCUUUUUUUUUUUUUUUUUCACAUUUUAGAAUAAUAGUAAAGUCAUCUAAACUAUGUAAUAAAAUAACUGGAACUGGGAAUUACAUUGUGACUAUACAUUUUUUUUUUAUAUUUUAGCACCUUCAAAGUAGCCACCCUUUGACUAGAAUUUGCAGACAUUUGCUCUUGGCAUUUUCUCAACCAAUGUCUUGAGGAAUCACCCUGCAAUGCUUUUUAAACUGUAUUGAAGGAGUUCCCAUCUAUGCCUGGCACUUAUUGACUGCUUUUCUUUAUUAUUCGGUCAAAGUCCGUUUUGUAAUGAAAUCAAUUAAUAUGUUGGCACAAUUAUAUUUUGUCUACAAAACUCAUUUGAAUCAUUUAAGCAUACUCCUUCAGAUCACAAGGUUUUUAAGAUCAUGAGAAACAUUUCAGUCAAGUGACCCCAAACUUUUGAACAGCAGUGUAUGUAUAUAUAAAGUAGUUAUAAAGGACUAAAAUAUCCAUUUUAAGAAACAUACUUCUUUUAAUUUUUAUCUUUUGUUUACAGCUGCCAGCGAUAAAUACUCGCAUUGAUUGUUUAUAGCCAAAACAAAAAACAAAAACAAAAAAAAUCUCUUUAGUGGUUUUUAGUGGCCUAUGAUUCUUAUGCCUUAGUAGUGAAUUGUAUUAAAUUUUUGCUAUUUUUUAUCUGUAGUCUUAUAAUGUGAAACUGGAUUAAGGCAACACGUAUGUGCUGUAUAUUCUGUGGUGCUGUGAUUUGGAAUUAAAUGCAUUGGGAGAUUCCUAUCAGUUUCUUUCAGUCUUCCUGCUCUUUUCGCUGCUGAAACUCCAUUGUUGACCCUCAUUGCAUCUCUCUUCAUCUCUCAUUGCAUCUGCCUCCCAUUUAGUGCCAGUAUGUCAUUCGUUUACCAUGCCCCUGUUCGCACCUAUGUGCAGAGGAUGCCAAUGUGUGAAUGUUUAUCUUAGAAAAUGUUUGCAUCGACAUUAAUGUUUGUAGUUUCUAUCAUCGCAAGUGUUCUCAGAAGAGAAGACUGUACACAAUCUUUACUAACUACAUAACUUCAAAUAAGGAGCUUGCCCAAUCAUCUAAAAAGGAAACACGCUUUUACUUGGAGCUUUUACUAUUGAUGUUUCUUGAUUGUUUUUCCUUUGUGAAAGACCAGACUCGUAUGAAUUGGAGCCCUAAAAAGAAGUUAAAGGACUAGAGACUGAUCCCAAACUCAUCCCUGUCUCUGUGGAUGGGGUAAGUCUGGGGGCAACCCCACUCUAUACCCCCCAAACCCCCACCCCUAGCAAACCCUCUCACAGGAGCAACAAAUUCUUCAACCCAGCUUUUCAUCCCUUUUAGCCACCCAAAGUCACCAUGCAACUUUUGUAACGGGUAUAUGGUACAAUGGCAAUUUUUGACUUGAUUUAAAGUUGCGAGCAGUUUUGCAUAUUGUAAAGCAUGUUUAUGUGUGAGUGUCAGGUGACACUAGCAAUCGCUUUUCUCAUGUUUUACAAGAUGGGUCUGAGUACAAAUGUAAAUUUAAGACUAAGAUCUUCACUCAUUUCUUCUUCUGUAGCAGUGGCUUUAUUUGUAGUGCAUGCUUCCUUUUUAUUUUCUUGUUUCAAGCCCUAAAUCAAACACUUUCUGAUGUGACUGUUCCAACUGAACUAGGUCCCUAUGGAACUGUGGACACCAUGCGCAGUGCUGUUUGGGGGGGAGGGAGAAAGUUAGCGUCGGGAAAUGCACAGGAAGUUCUCCUGCUCCAUUCAGGUAAAAGUGUGCCUCGCCCCUUUUCUACCUGUCAUCCACCCUGAUGGCAUCUGCGCAUUGACCGUGUACCCGCUCUAUUUCUCCUCACCACCACCUCACCCCUCCUGUAGAUUCCUGACUUUAAACACCAGUGUUAAACUACUCUGUCACUGCCAAAAGGGGGCGACGGGGAUGACCAUAUAUUGCUUUGGUGGUUAGUGUGUCUCUGUAAUGGGUGGGUGCUUGGUGAUAUGUUGGUUUAGCUUUGGAGAGAAUGUGGUGAUAAUUAGUCUAAAUAUGGUUGUUGAGUGAAUGAAUAAAUAGUAAAUACAUUUUGAAUGUGUCUUUAAGUGGGUGUGUGUGAAUACAAGUUAUCAAGAGGUGGCUGAUAAAGAAAGAGUGACAAAGGUGAGUACUGAGUCAAACUGCUCUAAGGCUUGGCAGAUGUGGACUUUGCUCAAGAGUUCCUCUGGUAUCGCCGACCUCGCCUAGCCCUCUGUCCAUGUGCCUUUUUUAUGUUAUGAUUUUACCCCCCUUUCAGGCUUCCCCAAUAAUGCUCGCCGUUAAUGCCCAGCUUACCGCCGCACUCGCCGCAUACCCAGUGGUAGCUGUUGAGUUUGUUCAGUGUUUACCACUGCCAAAACGCAUCCUAAUGGCUUUGUAUCACUGGACCUGAAACACCGGCCAAACUUCUCAUUCGCAAGACUCUCAUUUGGACUCCGUAACACUGGCAGACCUUUUCUUGGAGGGCAGCAUUUACGACUGAAUUCUCUUUAUAAACUUUUGCUGAUGCCUUCUUGAUCAGUGUUGGGUAGUAACAAAUUUCAUGGGGGGAUAAUUGAGAAAUGCAAUCUUUAUCAACAGAUAUUACGUUUUGGAUGGCAUAGACCCCACAUCCAAUCUUAAACAGCUCUUGGUUCUCUAUAUGUGUUCUUUAUAUGAACAUAUAUAGAGAAAUUUUAAAUUACAAUCAGUACAUUGUUAAAAAUAUAAAAUACAAAAAAAAUAUUUUAUGUAUUUUAUAGCUAGCCAUGUGUGCAUGUACAGAAAUUGAGAAGCACACACCUUUUCAUGGAUAAGUAUGAGGUGCAAAUUGCUCAUCUCUACUACAAAUCUAGAGACAUGAAUGAUUAAUGAUUUCAAAGCUUCAUUAAAUACCUAGUACAACACCUGAAAAACAUUCCUGCAUAACAACAACAAUAAACAUGUAUGUUAUCAUUAUCUUAAGUUACAUAUUUACUCAGCGACUGACAAAUGGCAAGUAAAUGUUUCACUUCAUGUUUACUAAUGUUUAAACUGUAUCAACUAUUUUGUUACUGAUUACAAUUUUGGUUGUGUAGUUUAUUAUCAGUACCAAAUUACAUUUCAGAAGAAAUCUACCCAACACCGUCCUUGGUUAACGAAACUAUUCAAGCUUGAAGAGAAGCUUUUGUCACCCCACAAAGUUAGGGUAAAUGAACAUUGUCAUAUUUUUGAAAUUAUCAUUUGAGUUAAUCAGAAACCCACAUUUUGUCCACUGUUCAAAUGAGAGUCUGAUUUGUUUGUGUUUGAAGUAGCUUGGGUUACUUACAUGCAGCUCCUUUUUUAGGAAAAAAAAAAACAUGCCUCUUUUCCACCGACUGGGUGCCGGUGCCCAUUCUGUAACAGUUCUGUGUGUUUCUACCACAGAAAUGAUAGAUCUAGGCAAGAAAAAUUGGCUCCACACUGGCCAGGUUUUAAGUUCAACCUGUUGGCCUUGAGCCAGGAACCUCUAAUGUUAGAGGCCAGGGGCAAUAUAAUGUCUUAACCAAGUACCGUUUUUAAACAAUAUUUAGUCUGGCUCAUUUUUCUGCAUUCCGGAUCAGAUUUCACCUAGCCACGUUGCCUUAUAAAGUAUACUGACUGCAAGCAAAUAUGAACACGUUCUAUGUAUGCCCACUAAAACUGCUUUGUAACACUGUUUAGUAUCAGUAGCCAGCACAUGCAACAAUGAGCGCAGAUGAGGACAGCCAAAGUAUACUUUGGAUUUGAAUUGCUCCAAUUAAGGCUGUCAAAUUAAAAUUUCUGUCAAAUUAAAAAAAUGCACAUUUGAAUGCUUAAUCUGUGCAUUCGAAUGUUGGAUGUGUGCCAAGCCCUGAUGAUGAUUUCAGACCGAUCACAUUCUUGCACUAAAAAAAUGCUAGAUGCAGCGCAACAAAUACAGUUUAACAGAACACAGGUGUCUUGAGACGUGAAGUUCUUUUUCACAACGCAUCUAAAAAACAGUGCUCCUGCACGAGAAAAUAAAUUAACAACUAAACGUGGACAAAUGAUCAAAGACAUUCGUCUAGCACCUGUUUACAUAGAAAAAAGUAAUAGUAAACUGCAUGGUUACAAAAGCGUUCGGUGUGAACUGUUUCUCUGAUUAAGAAAUUGGUUUUAAAAUGCUUUGUCAGGAAAGGCAUUCAAUUUGGAAAUGCCUGUUAAUAAAAUUAAAUGCAGAUUUACUUUACAGCCAGGAAUGUUCUUUGCAAUAAUAUAAAACUGCUGUAUGGUUUCUGUGUAUUCAUUGCACUCUCUUGUGGACAAAUUAAAAAUCUGCUGACUUUAAAAACCUAAUUUAAAUCAAAUUUUGGUAAUAUUUAAGAUAAAAACUCAAAAUUAGUUUCUCAGCCCAGUUGACAGCCCUAGCUUCCAUUAUAAUCAAACUUUUUACACUGGAAAUGCCUGAUUCAUCACAUUGAUUAUCGCAUCACAUCUCAAGCUCAGUUGACCAGCUCAGUCAGCUGUAAUUUUUGUCAUGUUGCAAAAAGGCUCCAGACACUACCCAAAUAUAUGUGUGAAUUGAUUGCUAUGAAGACUAUGAGGCGCCUUGUUUAUUUGUGGUUGGGUUAUGUAGUAAUUUAGUUAGUUGCUUCAUCAUUUAGCUCUCAAAUCAUUUGAAACACUGUCAGUGGGCCGGUUCACCAUUUUGGUGGAAGAGGGGUAUCUGGGCUCCUGUAGGACUUCCUUCAGAGGGAGUAUGGUAGUGAAUUGUGGUUUGCCUCACUUUAAUUUUUUACAGGACACAUGAUCACCUUAGAGAUCUCCAAACAUGCAAAGACAUAGACUGAUCACAUUGUGAUUUUUGAAACAGUAGGUUGGCUUUUCUUGAGCUAAAGUUGGUCUGCGCUUACGGAAAUUAGAAACACUCCAGUGGACAAAGGGGGAUGUGUUUUUGAAAGUAAAGGCACAUGUUAAGUCCAAAUUAAGAUUUGCCUGCAGAGGGGUGACAGAAGCAAGUUGUUUUUAGCUGUAAAUUAUGCAAUACAGUGAAGAGGAAUGCAUUUUUUAUUAAUAUGAGAACCCGGGCCUCCCACACGGAUGUCAGCACACUUCCGGUCACGUUACAGAAGGAAAAACAUGUUACCUGAUGCAAAAAUGUCUAAUGGGAGAUGCCGUUUGUCAGUAACUCUGCAUACAGGGGCGGAUGCAGAGUACAGAAUAUUUGGAAGCAACAUUCCUGUGUGAUCAUGUUGCAAGACAUGCAAUUUUCACACAUACGCAUUGAAUAACAAUCCUUCUACAAUUUAAUCGUCCAACAUAAUCCUCCCUGAGUAGAUGGCACAUUGCACAGUUUCCAUGGAUAAUGGAAUGCUCCCCCUGACCAUGUUCUACCACCACAGAUCCCUUCUAGUGGUUGUAUCCCCUUAAAUUUGGAAAGCUCCAGUAUUUUGUUUUCUCUGAUUAAUUUCAGAUCUGUUUAUAAGGUUAUCCCGAGUGGGUGAAGACCGUUCUUGGACUUUUGAAGGUCAAUCAUUUUUAACUGAUUUAUGAAACUGGAAUUCUUACUAUUGCAGGCGAUAGGAUAUGAGCUGGUCGUAAUUUUUUAUUAACUUCUGAAGAAUUUAUGCAUGUUUGUUAAUGUGUGUAUAUCACAAAAACCUUGCAACUUGUGAAGUGUACUCUUCUACACCAGCUUCUGCUUGAACACUGUCUGGCAUUGCAUGCUUGCUACAAUAAACUAGUACUAUAC